ACCUUGGAACUGAUAAUGCCCUCCCCAAAAUGUAUACUUUCACACCCUCAGCAGCAAACUUUGGAACCUAUCGUUGUCCCUGUGGGACAGAGGCACACACAGGGGAAGGGUGCCCAGGGCACUCAGUGCCCACAGGCGAGCCCACAUCUGCUUGCAAACUUUGCCCUCCCUCUGGCCAGUAGCUGAAGAAGGGGUAUGCCCAGGAGUGGCCUCAGCUCUGCUUUGACCAAGAUAAAGGGUGGGGAGAGCAGGCCCCAGACUGGCGGGAGGGCUCAGCCUUGAGAUUAUGCUGGAGACACAACAAGGGGUGGGCAUGCCCUAGGCGGGUCAGAGCAGGGGCUCUGGAGCUCAGAGACCCAAGCCUUACAUUCCCGGCGCCCCUCCGAGCUCCUCUCCCCAUGGACCGCACUGUGGUGCUCAUCACGGGCUGCUCCUCCGGCAUCGGCCUGCACCUGGCUCUGCGUCUGGCAUCCGACCCCUCCCGGAGAUUCAAAGUGUAUGCCACGCUGCGGGACCUGAGGGCACAGGGCCCGCUGCGGGAGGCGGCCCAGUCCCGAGGGUGCCCUCCUGGCUCCCUGGAGAUGUUGCAGCUGGACGUGAGGGACGCAGAUUCCGUGGCCGCUGCCCGGGCACGCGUGACCGAGGGCCGCGUGGAUGUGCUGGUGUGUAAUGCGGGCCGGGGCCUGCUCGGGCCGCUGGAGGUGCAGGAGGCUGGCGCCGUCGGGUCUGUGCUGGACGUGAACGUGGCAGGGACGGUGCGGACACUGCAGGCCUUCCUGCCGGACAUGAAGCGCCGCCGCUCGGGACGCGUAUUGGUGACGGGGAGCAUGGGUGGCUUGAUGGGUGCGUGGAAUGGGGCAGGGCCAGCGGGAGGGGUGGGGCCUGGUGACAGUGCCAGGGGCUACAGUGGGCUCCGGGCGCCUCCAAAAGCUUCAUCUCCCCUGGAAGGGCUGCCAUUCAACGCCGUUUACUGCGCCAGCAAGUUUGCGAUCGAAGGUCUAUGCGAGAGUUUGGCGGUUCUGCUGCCGCCCUUCGGGGUCCACGUGAGCCUCAUCGAGUGCGGCCCGGUGCGCACCGCCUUCCAGGAGAAGCUGGAGGGCGGCCCGGGCGGAGCGCUGGACGGCGCGGACGCCGAGACCCGCGACCUCUUCUCCCGCUACCAGCGCCAUUUGGAGCGGAUCUUCCACGAGGCGGCGCAGGACCCGGAGGAGGUGACCGAGGUCUUCCUCGCCGCGCUGCGCUCCCCGCGCCCCGCGCUGCGCUACUUCAGCACGGAGCGCUUCCUGCCCCUGGUGCGCAUGCGUCUCACCGACCCCAGCGGCCGCAGCUACGUCGCCGCCAUGCACCGCGCGGUGUUCGCCGAAGAGCCCGCCGACGAGUCCGCUGCCGACCUGGGCGGCCCCGCGCUCGGCCCUCCUCCCGCCGCCCUGCAAUAAAGGCUUGGCCCGCCGCUGUCUGCCGCGCCCUCCUUUGCGACCCCAGGGGCGCGCGGUUCUGGUGGGUGGAGGGGGACGUGUGCGACAGGCGGCGCGUGCAGCGAGUGGGUGAUCUGGAAGGACCGUGGCUAGCCCGGGUUAUACCAACGCGGAAAGCGAGGCCCAGAAAGAGGAAGGAGCUAGCCCACCGAGGGGCAAGGUCGAGAAUGAUUCCUGGAUUCCCGCAGGGUGUCUGCAGCAAGAGUGAGGCGGACCUGGGAAGGAGGAGAGUCCGUUUGUGAUUUGGCCCCCACUAGUCGGGAGACUUCAGGCAAGGGCCUUAUCCUGAGUCUGUUCUCUUAACUGUAAAAUGGGUAUAAGACCUAUGUCAUGGGUUGUAUGAAGGGUUGAGAUAAUUCCUGGAAGUGCUGGGAAGGAGGUUUUAAUAGCAGGCACCGCUAUUACCGCUACUCUUAGUGGUGUUACUAUUAUGUGUUCGUGUGCAGAAGCCCGAUGUGUAGAGAAGAAACAGGCCAAGUGAGUUAUAAGGCUACAGCUCCACACAUCCUCCUCCGUGUCCCCUGCCCUAGACAGAACUCAGCUGGCGGGAUCACCACCAGCCCAGAAGCUGCCACUCACCAGGAGGUUCAGCUAAGGAUCCAGGGCAGGCGGGCCUGCCCAAUGGGCUAUCCUCUUUCCUGACGCCAGGGGCAGAAGCCAGAGAAAGGGCUUGCAGGGUUGUGGGGUCAAUUUCCUGCUAACUUCCUGAGAAGUAGUGUGCUGAAGAAGGGGUGAACAGGGAGGGUACUAGAUGAGGAGGGUGCGGGUAGAGGACAGGGGUAGGGGUGCCUAAGAGAUGGGGGAGAGGGAGGGAAAUGACUACUUGGAAUGGGCAGGGCCAUGGCUACAGAGAUCU